AUGGAUCUUUCAUCUGCGCAGUCCAGUUCUAAGUGCAAUUCUGAUUUUAGUAUAGAGAGGAUAUUGAGUGAUGAUUCGAGUAGUAGAGAAGUUAGCCAAGCACCCAGUUGGUUGUGCUGCACGAGGUACCAGCCGCCGCGGCUACCACGAACCACGACAGCGUGUCGGUCACGUCGGUCAGGUCGGCACGCGAGGGUUCCCUUCACGGCCUCGCAGGCAGCGGCGCUGGAGGCCGCGUACUCGCGCUCGCCGUACCUCGCACCGCCUGCGCUGCGAGCAUUGGCUGCGGCCUUGCAGUUGAGAGAUGAUCGAAUUAAAAUAUGGUUCCAAAAUAGGAGAGCUCGCGAAAGAAGGGAAAAGAGUGGCAGUAUACAACCACCACAAAGCGUAGCUUUACCAUCGACUAACCAAAGACUUCCUUUGCCAAGUGGAUUAUGGCUUACUCCUUCUUCUGGGAAAGAUCAAGACAUGCUAUCUACAGAUGCAGGUCCUAUAUUUCGGCAAAAUGUAGAACCACAAAGAAUAGAUUUUGUUAAGAACCUUUACGCUCGUGCUGACUCUGAAAGUGACUCCAAUGAUAGUAGUUAUGAAGCAACUGUAGAUGUUGAAGCUAUCGACUGAUAAUCGUAUAAGUAACGUAUAAAUUAUAUAUAAGCUAUAGGAUAUUAUAUAGGUAUUACAGUGAUAAUUUAUGAUGUUCAAAAGACAUGUUGUCGUCGAAAGUUGGAGUUGAUACGAAAGUUGUCAUCAGACAGUUUUCUUAAUUUACCAUUCCAAAUUAACUUGCAGUUACUAC